UUUGACUCUGAGGCCCCGGUAAGGUGGGGGAUUGGUUGGCAUGUGUCCAUCACAGCCCGGAAUGCCCAAGAGGCAGGCAUUGAAGACCCUGGCCCUAGAGCGAACAGAAUUGGAUGAGUCCGGGGAGGCAAGGACACCACAUGGAUGAGUUCCCCUUGGGCAUCUCUCCUCACCCUGCUCCCUGCUCCCACUUCCCCUCAGGCCCAGCCAAUUCAGCACCCCUCUCUCUGCGUUUCCAGCAAACUACAGCUCCCAGCAUUCUCCAGCGCCCAACACCUGCCCAGGCCUCCUCCACUUGGGCUGCAGGGGGAGGGAUACAGAAGAAGAGCGCAGAGAGAUGAGGAUGGAAGCGGGUGGGGACGUGCAGGCGCCGGACGGGGACAGGGGGUCCCACGCGCCGUCCAUUGUCCCAGCGACCGGGCCGGGCCUCGGGGGAACCGCGGCCCGAGCCCCGGGCAGCUGGGGCAAGUGGGUCAGGCUCAACGUGGGGGGCACGAUCUUUCUGACCACCCGGCAGACGCUGUGCCGCGAACAAAAGUCCUUCCUGAGCCGUCUUUGCCAGGGGGAGGAGCUGCAGUCCGACCGGGAUGAAACAGGAGCAUAUCUCAUAGACAGGGAUCCCACCUACUUUGGCCCAAUCCUGAAUUUCCUUCGUCAUGGCAAGCUCGUUUUGGACAAGGAUAUGGCUGAAGAGGGGGUCCUGGAGGAAGCUGAAUUCUAUAACAUUGGCCCCUUGAUUCGAAUCAUCAAAGACAGACUAGAGGAAAAGGACUACACGGUGACCCAGGUGCCUCCCAAGCAUGUGUACCGAGUCCUGCAAUGUCAAGAGGAAGAGCUCACUCAGAUGGUCUCCACCAUGUCUGAUGGUUGGAGGUUUGAACAGCUGGUGAACAUUGGGUCCUCUUAUAACUAUGGGAAUGAGGACCAGGCAGAAUUCCUGUGUGUCGUCUCCAAGGAGCUGUACAACUCUCCCAAUGGACUGAGUUCAGAGCCCAGCCGGAAAGCCAAGAGCACGGAGGAGGAGCUGGAGGAGGAAGAGCGGCAGGAGGAGGAGGAGGAGGAGGAGGAGGAGGAGGUGGUGCAGGUGGAUGAGGUGCAGGUGGAACCCGAGGCAGAUUCGGACGAGAAAGUGCAGCUGUCUCGGGAUCCUGCUCAUUCUCUCCCCUUCUCGCCGUCUCAUCUUCCUCCUCUUCCUCCUCCUGAAGGGUCCAUCUCAUCUUCACCCACUUCUGCCUCCUCCUGGAUCUCAUCUGCUCCCUGCUUCCUCUCUCUCACCUCUUGCCCCUGUUUCCUCUCUUCCUACUCCCCCCUCCUGAGGGGCGCUCACGCCAUCAACGCUCCCUCAGGGCACGGUUCCUCCGACGGCCAGGGCAGCUCAGUGUAAUCCCCAAGCGUGGGGUUUGGAGUCAGAAGACCUGGGUUCAAAUCCCAGCUCUGAAAAAUGAAGGAGCUGGGCUAGAUGGCCGCCAAGGUCCCUUCCGUCUCCAAAUCUAGAAUCCUAUGGACUCAGGCAUGUCUAUUUCCCUCUCUGAGCCUCAGUUUCCUCACCUGUCCAAUAAGUGGGUUGAACUAGAUCACCUCUAAAACCCUUUCCAGUUCUGGAUUCUAUCACUGUAGAGUCUUCCUCUUCCUGGCUGCUUCCACACUUUCUAGAGAGGAGUCGUGCCUCCUCACCACUUUGCCGGCGCCUCCUCUUCUAGCCCCGGUCUCAGGGCACGCCUCCUUUCAGGCUCCUCUCCGUACCCACCCAAGCCUGAGGCUGAGCUCCGUUUGACGGACUCCCGUCCUCUCCCUCUCCUGUAGAGCUACCAGCUCUUGGUGUGGAGCUUGGGCAGCGAUGGGGGUGUGAGAGGAAGAGGGUGUACCUUCUGUUCACUUGACUACAGCUAAGCAGUUUUUUUUUUGGUGGGGGACUGACUUUUUUUAAUCUCCUUUUUUCUCGGUGCAUUUCCAUCCUGGUCUGGGGUUCAAGGCUAGGAGAAUGAAGAUGGGGCUGGGUGGGUGGGGUGGGGGAAUAGAGACGUGGACACACUUGCCCACAUGCGGCAGGGCCCAGAUAAGAGGGAGAGAGAAGAGAGGAAGAGGCCCAAGCAUCCAGGUGGCUCCGGGUCCCGGGGCUUCCUCUCCCGAGCUUCCCAGAAACCAUCAUCAUGCCUUCUCCGUGAAUGAGAUCCUUUAUCCUCAAUGUCCAUGAUGUAGGCAGCCCGGUUCUAUGGAUCCAGUCGCCUGAGGCCUUGCACAGAAUGAAGGUCCUAAAUCAAGGCCCUAAGGCAAUGAACUUGGCGUCAGGGGGACCUGGGUCUCAUGCCUGCUCUUGGCCCGGCCAGUUGACUGCGGGCAAGUCGCUUCCCCUCUUGAGGACUCAGUAGCUCUCUCUGCAAAGGGAAGGAAAUGACUGGACUAAAUGCUCCCUCCCAGAGCUAGCAGGCUGGGCUGUCUCCCCUCCUCUGGACUUGGAAGGGUCAUUGUUUUCCUGGGCUCUGCCCUAGAGCCUGAUUUGCAUAAGGCUAGUGCCAGGGGUGGAGGUGGGGAGAGGAGAAGAAUGGGAGGGAUUUGAAGGGGAGGGGAUUAAGGACCACUGGGAGGGACAUGCCUCUUCAUUCUUUCAUUGCUGAGGCAAAGGCUGGAAUUCCUGGGCUCUAGCCCAGUUUUCCGCCUGUCUCUUCAACGUUUCCAUCCUCAGCCUGAUACCUGCCCUUCUUCGAGACAAUGAAUGUGACUUACCUGCUCUCUUCUCUCUCUCUCUCCCUCUCUCCAUUUCUGUCUCCUAUUCUCUACCACCAACCUGGCUCCCCUGCACCAUCCUCCCUGCCCUUGCUCCUGCACGUUCCCCUGCUCACUCCUUCCUCCCCCCAUCCUCUCUCUCCCAACCCCUCUUAUCUUUUAGCUGUUACAAGCCAGAGGCUCCCAGAUGUGAGAACAUUGAUCAUCUUCCGGGAAUUUUUGUUUUCUGUUCUGAAAUCUUUAUUUUUGUACUAUGG